AUGCGGUCCCUGUGGCUCUGCUGGGCAUUCUGGGUAUUGUCCCUGGUUGGCUCUGGGGCAGCGCUGACUGGAGAGCAGGUUCUGGCCAGCCUACUGCAACAGCUGCAGCUUAGCCAGCCACCGGUCUUGGACAAGGCUGAUGUGGAGGGGCUCACCAUCCCCUCCCAUGUGAGGGCUCAGUACGUGGCCCUGCUACAGCAUAGCCAUGCCAGCCGCUCCCGAGGGAAGAGGUUCAGUCAGAACUUUCGAGAGGUGGCAGGCAGGUUCCUGGUGUCGGAGACCUCCACACACUUGCUAGUGUUUGGCAUGGAGCAGCGGCUGCCGCCUAAUAGCGAGCUAGUGCAGGCUGUGCUGCGGCUGUUCCAGGAGCCGGUCCCCACAACUGCUCUCCGGAGGCAAAAGAGGCUGUCCCCACACAGUGCCCGGGCUCGGGUCACCAUUGAGUGGCUACGCUUCCGUGAAGACGGCUCUAACCGUACAGCCCUCAUCGAUUCCAGGCUCGUGUCCAUCCACGAGAGCGGCUGGAAGGCCUUCGACGUGACGGAGGCAGUGAACUUCUGGCAGCAGCUGAGUCGGCCGAGGCAGCCACUGCUGCUGCAGGUGUCGGUGCAGAGGGAGCAUCUGGGUCCGGGGACGUGGAGCGCACACAAAUUGGUCCGUUUUGCUGCUCAAGGGGCGCCGGGCAGCGAGGGGCGGGGCGAGCCCCAGCUGGAGCUGCACACGCUGGAUCUCAAGGACUACGGGGCUCAAGGCAAUUGUGAUCCCGAGGCGCCUGUGACUGAAGGCACUCGAUGCUGUCGCCAAGAGAUGUACCUUGACCUGCAGGGGAUGAAGUGGGCUGAGAACUGGAUCCUUGAACCCCCAGGGUUCCUGAUUUAUGAGUGUGUGGGCAGCUGCCUGCAGCUGCCUGAGUCCCUGACCAUCAAGUGGCCGUUUCUGGGACCACGGCAGUGUGUUGCCUCAGAGAUGACCUCCCUGCCCAUGAUUGUCAGCAUGAAGGAGGGAGACAGAACCAGGCCUCAGGUGGUCAGCCUGCCCAACAUGAGGGUGCAGAAGUGCAGCUGUGCCUCGGAUGGGGCUCUCACACCCAGAAGGCUGGAGCCAUAG